AUGGCUUUCUUUCUUCUCUCCGUUCUUUUGUUGAGCUUUUGCCCUUUUGAAACGCUAGGCAGUGCUUGCGAUUCUAUUCACUUUGUUUCUCGUCAAGAAUGGAAAGCAAACCCUUCAAACUUGACCGAUAUGAAGUUGCCAGUUCAUCAUGUAUUUAUUCACCACACUCUUCAGGAGGAAUGUCACACCAAAGAGGAGUGCAUCAAAACAGUCAAAACAAUGCAGAUUUUUCACAACGUUACUCGAAACUUCGGAGACAUUGGAUACAACUUUAUCGUCGGCGGUGAUGGCAACGUCUACGUCGGCCGGGACUGGGGCAAAAAUGGCAGACACACCAAAGGAAUGAAUGAACACUCGGUGGCGUUCUCGCUCUGUGGUGAUUACAACAAAAAACUACCAAAUGAGAAGAUGAUCAAAGCUACCAAGCAGUUGAUUCAGUGUGGUCUUGAGAAGAAGGUCAUCGCCCAGGACUACCAGCUGCAUGGUCAUCGAGAUCAGGUGUGCACUGAGUGUCCGGGAGAUUUGUUUUACACCCAGGUACGUUCGCCAAUUGAAGUCCGAAAAUGGGAUCGCUAUGUUGCCGGGCCGCUGGAAACCUACACUUGCCCUUAUCCUUAA